AGAAAAAAAAAAAAUCAAAAUCAUGAGAUUCAUAUAAGCAGUACAAGAAGGAAGAUAAAGAGGUCAAUUUUGAAAUUGCGUUUGCAUUUUCUUUCUAUUUUCUUAUUUAUUUUAUCUCCAAGAAAAAUCCAAGAAAAUGGAAGAAAAUAGUAGAGGAAUCUCACCGAGGAGAUCAAAGCGAAGUACCGUUCAUAAAAUCGCCGCCGCCAACGAACCAAAUCUCUUCGAUGAAUUACCUGACGAUCUUGUUGUUUCCGUUCUUUGCAAGCUCAGCUCUUCAGCGGCUUCUUCUUCUGAUUUCAUCAAUGCUCUCUUAACAUGCAAGAGAUUUAAGCGUUUAGGGUUUCAUCAACUCGUGUUAUCAAAUGUUGGAUCAAAAGUUUUGGCGGUGAAAGCUAAAAAUUGGUCCGAUUCUGUUCACCGGUUUCUCAUACACUGUGUCAACGCCGGCAACGUUGAAGCUUGUUACACUCUUGGCAUGAUUCGAUUUUAUAGCUUACAAAACCGAGGAAGCGGGAUGUCGUUAAUGGCCAAAGCAGCAGUCAAAUCCUACGCGCCAGCUUUAUACUCGCUAGCAGUCAUACAAUUCAACGGCAGCGGUGGCUCCAGAACCGACAAGGAUCUCCAAGCCGGAGUAGCUUUAUGCGCUCGAGCCGCUUUCCUUGGCCACGUGGACGCACUCCGUGAGCUCGGCCAUUGCUUUCAAGACGGUUACGGCAUCCGCCAAAAUAUAACGGCCGGACGCCGGUUACUCAUGCAAGCCAACACGCGAGAACUCGCGUCGUUGCUAAAAUCUUUAGUCAAACAGCAACCCAACCACCACCACCAUCACCGCGGUUUUAACUAUGAACAAUUUAAUUGCAUCUCCGGUUCGGGAUGUUCGUCGAUGAGUAAUGAACCGGCUUCGGAGGGGCACCCGGUCAAUGUGUUUUUGAAAGAAUGGUUCGAGUUAGGGUUGGGUGAGAUGGGUGAGGGCUUAAGGCUUUGUUCUCAUAAAGGGUGUGGGAGACCGGAGACGAGGGCGCAUGAGUUUAGGAGGUGCUCGGCUUGUGGGACGGUGCAUUACUGCUCUCGUGGAUGCCAAGCUCUUGAUUGGAAGUUGAGGCAUAAGUUGGAAUGUGUACCUUUUGAACGGUGGUUGGAAUAAGGCGGCGACGGCGGUGGUGCUGGGGUUAGGGAAGGUGAUGACCGAGAUGCUGUUUGAUAUGAUUUUUAAAUGAAAAUUAAAAUCGUAAAUCCAAAUCUUUCAUGCAGUCCAUUUCUAUUUUAAUAUAUAUUCUAUUCGAGUUUCACCUUUACUAUUGAAAAAAAAGAAGCAAUUUCACUAA